AUGAUGAAUCCUUCUACAAUGCUGGCGUUUUGUCCUUCAGGUGAAUUCGCCCGAAUAGAGUCAUCAGUUAGGGAGUGGCCAGGUGUAGAGGCAGUUGGGUCACUAAGGACAAAAGAGAAGAAGAAGAAUACUACAACUGUGUUCGUUAAAUUUGAUUCUGAAGAAUCAGCCAGGAAAGCUCGUUCUCUUGUUGACACGGUUCCUGGACUCUCGUUGAGUGAUGACGAAUCUUCUACAAAGGAGAAAAAUACAACAAAAAUACCAUCCAGAGGAAAAGCUAAAAAUCUUGCUAUGGAAUUGUUAAAUUUCGGCACCUAUGAUAAAUCGAAAGGAUCGUAUGAACAACCAAGGAGGAGAGGGAAUGAAAACUAUCAAAGGAAUCGUGGAGCUAGGGGUGGAAGAGGCCAGCAAAACACAAGGCAAAACACAGGUUCUAGGGGAGGUAGAAGGCAACACUUUUAUGUUCCUCCUGCUCGAGUAAGUGUCGUAUUUGCUGACAAUAUUCCGUUUAAUAUGACUAAUUUGCAGUUAAUGGAACUAUUUUCUCCUUUCGGACACGUAAUCGACAUUAACCGAUACGAAUUAAUUGCUAUGAUUUCUUUUGAUUCUCCCGAAUCUGUCUCACGGUGUAUCCAAGAACUUAAUGGUAAGACAGUUAAGGGGAAUGUUAUUUCAGUCAGUAGCGGAACCGUAAAGAUUCCUGGUCCCGCAGCACUACAGAUGGGGAUGUAG